AUGGCAGCUGAACUUCCCGUCAUCAACGGCCACGGUGCCCAGGCCAACGGCAAUGGCGAGUCCGCCACCAGCUUCACCGUCAAGGCUGGUCUUGCCCGCAUGUUGCAGGGUGGAGUCAUCAUGGACGUUGUCAAUGCCGAGCAGGCUCGCAUCGCCGAGGAGGCCGGUGCUGCCGCCGUCAUGGCUCUCGAGCGUGUCCCUGCCGACAUUCGCGCUCAGGGCGGUGUUGCUCGCAUGUCCGACCCCCGGAUGAUUCAAGAGAUUAUGGAGGCCGUGACCAUCCCCGUCAUGGCCAAGGCACGGAUUGGUCACUUCGUUGAGUGCCAGAUCCUUGAGGCCGUUGGCGUCGACUACAUUGACGAGUCCGAGGUCCUCACCCCCGCCGACGACGUCCACCACGUUGAGAAGCACCCCUACAAGGUCCCCUUUGUCUGUGGCUGCCGGAACCUCGGUGAGGCUCUCCGCCGUAUCAGCGAGGGUGCUGCCAUGAUCCGUACCAAGGGUGAGGCCGGUACCGGUGACGUUGUUGAAGCUGUCAAGCACAUGCGCACCGUCACCGCCGAGAUUCUCAAGGCCUCCACCCUGAGUGAACCCGAGCUCCGCGUCAUGGCCAAGGAGAUUGGUGCUCCCUACGACCUCCUCAAGGAGGCCGCAACGCUCAAGAGACUCCCCGUGGUCAACUUCGCCGCCGGUGGUGUUGCUACCCCGGCUGAUGCUGCCCUGAUGAUGCAGCUCGGCUGCGACGGUGUCUUCGUUGGUAGCGGUAUCUUCAAGAGCGGCAACGCUGCCAAGCGUGCUCGCGCCAUCGUCCAGGCCGUCACACACUUCAAGGACCCCAAGGUGCUCGCCGAGGUCAGCAAGGAUCUCGGUGAGGCCAUGGUUGGCCUGAACGUGGCGAAGAUGGAUGAGGGCGAGAAGCUGGCCAAGCGCGGCUGGUAA